AGUUAAACAUUAGGGAGUCCAGUAGGGCAGGAGUGACAGUGAGUCCAGACAGUGACAGCCAGGUGAAAAGGUGGAGGGAUCACAGGGUAGGACAGAGUGGAUGGAGAGUGCAGAAUGGAUCCAAUCAAUAUUAGGCAAUUAAUAGCUUUGUUUCAUUUAUUUGAUUCAUAAUAUGCAGCUCAAAGUGCUUUACAAUAAGCUCUAGGAAAUAAAAUAUUGGCCCAAUAAAAUAAAAAUAAUAGCGUUAUAAUAGAUGUAAAACAGCAGAAUACAACAAUUAGGCUUAGCCUAUAUAUAGUUUCUGUAUUGAAAGCCUAAUAGGCUAGUUGUCUUUUUUUAAUCAUAAGCACAGUUUUAAUCACAUGCAUUAUAUAUUUGCUCAUGUUCUGAUUUUUGAAUGCAUGCCAAGAUCACAAGGUAGCAUUUCUAUCUCUUAAGGGCUUUAUUCAAUAUGUAAAAAUGAAGCGUGAUAGAAUUGUAAAGGUAGCCUAAUUUCCGAUUGAGCCUACUACAUAUGUAGCGUUUAUCGUGAAUUCGGUGAAUAAAGCGGAAACAUUUCCUUUACAUUUCAACCACGCUGUAAAGCUGGACUUCCGCAAAUCAGAUUGAAUAGAGCCCAAAUUAUUAGUCACUCACUAUUGCAUGUUUACAAUGACCCUCCAGUACAAUGACCCUUCAGUGGAAAUUCCCAUGAAACAUACUUGAUUCAUAUAAAUACUUCAAGUCUCCCUCAAAUGGGAGAUAAGAAAGAAUCCUACAUAUUUAGCAAAAUAGACUAACCAUACUGACACGGAAUGAACACUCUCAAAAUUGUAGGUCUGCUCUGCUGUUUAGCUUUUCUGGUCCGGUCCGCACACAUUCCAGAGAGGUCAAUGGACGCAAGGAGUUUGGUCGAAAAAAUAUUAGUCAACAUCCCUGUGGUUCACGGGUCCAGUGUUAAAAUCACGGGCCUGACCCUUGACCCGUCCAGCCAGUCUAGGAACAUACCGUACCAGUCCAUGGUGACCUCCCUGGGCAUCCCCGCAGCACCAGAACUAAAGACUGGCUGCAGACCCCUAAACCAAAUCGACUUCACCCUGGAGGUGUGUCUGAGCAGUAUGUCUGCGGGGCUGCAGCUGUAUCAGGAUGUGCUGGGUGUGCUGAAGGAGCGUGUGACCACUGAAAAGGUGACAGGACUCCUGGCUGACAUCAGAGACCUGCUGGCCCAGGUCAACAAGAUGCAGGAGCCGGGCCAGAUGAGCAGUGUGGCCCAGUAUGAGGCCUCGGGACUGGCCUCACGCCUCCCAGGGGACUACGAGGUUCAGGUUGCCACUCACUUUAUCCUGUUGCAGCUCCGUGACUUCACACAGAACCUGAAACGCAGCCUGCGCAACGUCGAACACCUGACUUCCAGGCCAGGACAGAGCAGCUGAACUACUCCUUUUCAGGCCAGGACAAAGUGCCUGGGCUGCACUCUACAGCAGCAGCAAAACCUGUGCAGACGUGGAUGGAGGACCGGAGUGGGGUCGUGCGUGCCAGAAGCCUAUUGGACAUCUAAGGCAGCUGCGUAGUGAUGUCGCCUGGCUGAAACAUAUUUAAUAUUUAUUCGAGCCUGCUUCAGUCUUUCUAUCUAUUCUGUCAAUCAAGGUCAAAUGGGACAUUCGAAAACAUGAAGCAAGCGGAGCACUUGAUCUGAGAGAGAGGGACGCUACACAAUUGGUUUUGGUGCCAUCCUCUAUCUGCCAAGAUCUGGUCCUCAUCCUAUAACUGCAGGUCGCUGGCCUUGUUCUGAUCCCCAUCAAUUGGUACAAUAGCAACUGGUCAAGGACUGCCGGCGUUUCUUCUUCUCUUUCUCCCCAUGAGGGUUUAGUUCUCAGCUUGUCCUGCCAACCUACGACACCUCUGAUUGCUGUCUCAAGAGUUUCCUUGAGAUAAAGCAACACUGAUAGCUGCCAGAUAGUGGCAAGUCCCCACCUGCACUCCCACUAACUCGGAUGUGCGAUAAACCAUGGCCACUGUUUGAUACUUAUUUAUACUUAUUUAUACUUUAAAAAAAUAUUUAUAUUUAUGAAGUACUGGGAUAUUUGUUUGUGUAUUUUAACUUAUUUUGUUUGCGUAUGCAUGUAUUUAUUUAUUUAAUGUAUUUAUACUGUAUGUGUUUUUUUAUUGAUUGAUACAGUCAUCCCUAGAAUACUUUUCUGGUGGGUGUCAAAAUAUUUGUAUUGUAUGUGGUUUGGCAGAGAGGUAAAACAACUGUUAUAUACCAGGA